AUGUCGACGUCGAUUCGACAGUGUGAUAAGACAUUUACACGGCAAGAUUCCUUAAAGAUGCACGAAAGAAUACAUUGUGGACAACGUCCAUAUCAAUGUCGACAGUGUGAUAAGACAUUUACACGGCCAGGUUCCUUGAAGACACACGAAAUAAUUCAUAGUGGAGAUCGUCCAUAUCAAUGUCGACAGUGUGAUAAGACAUUUGCACACCAAGGUUCCUUUAAAACGCACGAAAGACUACAUAGUGGAGAACGUCUAUAUCAAUGUCGACAGUGUGACAAGACAUUUACACACCAAGGUUUUUUGAAGACGCACGAAAUAAUACAUAGUGGAGAACGUCCAUAUCAAUGUCGACAGUGCGAAAAGAGUUUUACACAGCAAGGUCACUUGAAGACGCACGAAAGAAUACAUAGUGGAGAUCGUCCAUAUCAAUGCCGACAGUGCGAUAAGACAUUUGCACGGCAAUAUCGCUUGAAGACGCACGAAAGAAUACAUAGUAAGUAG